CCUUGUGGACGGAUCUACGAGCUUUAGGCUGCCGCGCAGUUGAAGGCUCGCUUGAUAACCCCUUGAUUUUCUCCUUGGUAUCUACCCAUUGCUCGGAUCCCUUGAGAUCAGUCGCUCUUUUCGAGUUCAUGGCGGACGUAACCCUUCACGAUGGCCCCGCGCCAGCUGCCGACGCCCCUCCGUCCAGUGCUGGGGUCUCUACUACAGAGCAGCCGGGAGUUGCAGUUGCGCCAGCAGCGGAUCUUCCGGAGGAGGUGAAAAAUCGUCUGGACCGGAUAUUGUACUCAGACAUUGGUGUUUCGUUGCUCCUAACUCGUCUAAAGCAGUCUGUUUCUUCCGCCAGGGAUUAUUCCACGUUUCUCAAAAAGAGAGCACAGAUUGAAGAGGAGCAUGCCCAAAGUUUGCGAAAACUGUCCCGCUCUACCCAUGACGCUGCGCAUCGAACUGAACACCGCCAGGAAAGCUAUAGUCAGAGUUAUGAUGAAAUCAGUCACUUGCAUGAACGUAUAGCGGAUCAUGGGAUGCAGUAUGCGGUGUCGCUUCACCAGAUGGCCGAUGAUUUGCAUGAGCACGUGGGUCGCAUCGAGCGUGGCCGCAAGCAGUGGAAACAGACCGGUCUGAGUGCGGAGAAGAAGGUGCAAGAGGCUGAGGCUUCGGCGGACAAGGCCAAAGCAAAGUAUGACUCUCUGGCGGAGCAGUACGAUCGCGUCAAGACAGGUGACAAGCAGGGUGGGAAGUUUGGUCUGAAAGGACCCAAGUCCGCAGCUCAGCAUGAAGAAGAUUUGUUACGCAAGGUUCAGAAUGCAGACAGUGACUAUUCCGACAAAGUCCAGGCUGCACGGACGGCCAGGCAGGAGCUGGUUUCGACUCUUCGUCCUCAAGCUGUCCAAAACAUCCAGCAGCUGAUUGCGGAGUGCGAUUCGGCGUUGACAGUACAAAUGCAAAAAUACGGAACCUUUUCUGAGAAGCUGUUGCUCGGUCAGAGUGUCUGUGUCGUCCCUGUCAAGAAUGGGUCGCUUAAUGGGGCCACCAUACAAAAGAGCCUCAAGGACAUUAUCUUGCAGAUUGAUAACCAGAAGGACUUUCAUGAUUAUAUCUUCAGUCACGAAAAUGAUUCUGGUGCAGUGGCUUCUGAAGAGAUCAAAUACGAGCGUCAUCCGACUCUUGCAACGGCCUCCGGAGGUCAAUCGUCUGCUUCCCCAUCGAGCACGCAAAACAGACGUCAGUCUGUUUUGCUAUCCCAGUCCACCCCACAACCUGCUGCUCCUGCUCCGCCCUCUCACGCCCCUCCACAGAACGCCAACGCGACGCAGCAGUUACCAUAUCCAGCACACACCGAGCCUUCGAUAUCGGCACCGCCAUUCCAACCCCCUUACCCCGUCAGUUCUGGUCCCCCUCAACAGGCCCCAGCACAUGCUCCAUUAACUGUGCGAAACACUCCAGCCAUUCAGCUAGCUGGCAGCAAUCCCCAGCCCCCCCACUUGCCACCGUUGAAUCCAGUGUUCGGUGUCUCUUUGGACGACUUGUUCCGCAGGGACAGGACCCCUGUUCCUAUGGUUGUUUGUAAAUGCUUCCAGGCCAUCGAGUUCUUCGGUCUAGACAUGGAGGGCAUUUACCGUCUUUCCGGAAGUGCCAAUCAUAUCAACCAUAUGAAAUCGCUUUUCAACAACGAUUCAUCACAGGUUGAUUUUACCAACCCUGAGAGCUUUUAUCACGAUAUCAACAGUGUCGCUGGUCUAUUAAAGCAGUUUUUUAGAGAGCUCCCUGACCCUCUAUUCACAUUACGGUACUAUUCAGAAUUUAUCAAUGCGGCUCACAUCGAAGACGACAUAAAACGUCGAGACUCGAUGCACGCUCUCAUCAACAACCUACCGGAUGCGCACUAUGCUACUCUAAGGCUCUUAGUCCUGCAUUUGAACAAGAUCCAGGAACACUCGGCCCAGAACCGCAUGAACGCUGGAAACAUUGCAAUCUGCUUUGGGCCGACUCUCAUGGGCGGCAACGCUGGUGGGAACAUCGCAGAUGCAGGUUGGCAAGUCCGAGUAAUCGAGACUAUCUUGGUGAAUACGUUCCAGAUCUUUGAUGACGACUGAUAGCACCAUCCUCUUGACCAUUUCCUGUGCAAGUAGGCUGUUUAUGUCUUUUUUGAUAUGUCUUCUCUCCCCAUGCGAUACUCCCUUAGCAUUUCUGUUGUGUACGAGAAAGCUUUCCUAGCGGACCCGGUUUGAUUUUUUAAUAAAAUUGCCCGGGUAUCUUCUACCUCCAGUUUCCAAGUUCGAACAGCUUAUUGGAAUUUUACGUUACAACGUAAUAGGACACAGGCAGCCUGUAAUAACAAUGUCAGAAUGGAUGAAAAGGAGAAUCUCAACCAGUGUAUGCUGUACAGGAAUAUGAUUAUACAUGAGAAUUGCCAAGUUAUGCUCGGGGGUAAUACAUGUGAGAAGUGUGG